CAGUAUAAAAAAACUUACUAAUAAAAGACGAUUCUUUCAUUUUCACAGACCGGCCAGUCUCAGUGCAGUAGUGGCAAUAAUGCGACAAAUAGAGUAAGAAAGAAAGCGAGAAAGAAGAGGGCAAUUCAUAUGUAACCCUCUUUCUUCUUCACUUUCCAUUAGCCUCAAACCACCAACACUGAAUCAAGAUGAUGAUGAAGAAGCCUAUUGCUCAACAUAAUGACCAGUAAAACCCUCGACAAAAAAGAAGCUUCCUUUAUUCGUUUCUUCAUUUUACUCUCAAUCUGUACAAUCUAACAUAGAGACGUAAUAUUAUAUCUCUUGGGAGCUUUCUGGGAUGCGAGCCCUGCAGCUACUUUCCCACCUCCACCGUCGCCGCAUCCGCCUCCGCCACCACCUCUACUCCUACCACCACUGCACCACCACUUCUUCCGACUCCCCGCCACCUCCAAUUCCUUCAUCACUACUAUCUCGUGUUGAUCAUGCUAACCUGCACCAUAGCCGCAUUCUUUUCACGCCGUCAACUGUUUUCAAGCCCUCCCGGCAGCAAUCUGUUACUCCUCCCCAUUAUUUCUCUCUCACCAGAGGGUUCUUCACGAGACCUAAAAGGAUACAGAUUCAAGUAGAUGAUCAUGAUCAUGGGCAGCGAGCUGUCACCACUGCAUUGUGGUGCAACUUCUUAGUGUUUUCUCUGAAGUUUGGUGUCUGGUUAUACACCUCAAGCCAUGUCAUGCUGGCUGAAGUUGUGCAUUCUGUUGCCGAUUUUGCAAAUCAGGCACUCCUUGCGUAUGGUUUAAUUAGUUCAAAGCGCGCCCCAGAUGCUAUCCACCCGUAUGGUUAUUCCAAGGAAAGGUUCGUUUGGUCUUUAAUCUCUGCGGUUGGCAUCUUCUGCCUUGGUUCAGGUGCUACGAUUGUCCACGGCAUUCAAAACUUAUGGACUACCGCGCAACCUGUUCAUAUUGAGUAUGCCGCAUUAGUGAUUGGUGGUUCAUUCCUCAUUGAAGGUGAACUUAUAUAUGUAUUUAAAUGUUGCUUAUUUUUCAGUUUGUUUUCUUGUAUGAUUAACUUGAGAGUUUAUUUAGGUGCAUCGCUCCUUGUGGCCAUACAUGCUGUCAGGAAAGGUGCAGCUGCUGAAGGAAUGACUGUGAGGGAUUACAUAUGGCGUGGUCAUGACCCAACAGCAGUUGCAGUCAUGACAGAGGAUGGUGCUGCAGUUACAGGCCUUGCCAUUGCUGCUGCAUCUUUGGUGGCAGUGAAUGCUACUGGAAAUCCGAUUUACGAUCCAAUUGGCUCCAUCAUAGUGGGAAACCUUCUGGGAAUGGUAGCUAUAUUUCUCAUUCAGAGGAAUCGUCAUGCAUUGAUCGGUAGAGCAAUGGACGAUCAUGACAUGCAGAGAGUUCUUGAGUUCUUGAAAAAUGAUCCAGUUGUAGAUGAAGUGUACGAUUGCAAAAGCGAGGUGAUUGGUCCCGGAUUCUUCAGGUUUAAAGCAGAGAUAGAUUUCAAUGGUGAGAAGCUGGUGCAAAAUUAUUUGAAGCGAACUGGUGGAGAAGAGUGGGCUAAGCAGUUCCGAGACGCCGCAAGCAAGAAUGAUAACGAGGCACUGCUAAAGAUCAUGUCAUGCUACGGUGAGGAGGUGGUGACAGCUUUGGGGAGCGAAGUCGACCGGCUUGAGAAUGAAAUCCAGGGAAUUGUUCCUGGGAUUAAGCAUGUAGAUAUUGAAGCUCACAAUCCAAUUGUUUGCGUUCCCAUGCAGCACCAUGAUGGUUGAUUUGGCAGUUCGAGAUAUUAGCGAGCUUUUGCAUAUGAUUGUAGCUUUUUUGGGCAAAAUGUAGAAUAUAUUUUGUCUGAUCUAGGCAUUUGAAAUGUUGAAAAAUCUGCAGAGAAUCAAAGAAUGUAUAUUUGCACCAUCAACUGUGCACGGUGAAAAUGGAACAGGCCAUUGAAACCAUUGGAGUCACGGUAAAUGGUAUGCCACUUUGCCUGUUGGCCUAGACGCAAAAUAUUCUGCUUAGGCUAACUGUUAACCAGAUCAAAAGAAUGCUAGAAUCCAGAAGAUGAAUUACCAAACGAAAAAAAUGUCCCCUU